AUGGAACAGCAGGAGCAAGUAGAAUGGGAUGAUGUGAAUAAACUUCUGCAGCAUCAUGGAUUUAAACCUGUGUAUUUUGCGGAUCCUGUUGAGAAUAAGAAUCUUUCAGAUUUAGUUCUGCUGGACAAGAAGUCAGCUGGUGAGAUCAGGACGACUCUGAGGAUAAUGCUCACAGACUCUGACAGGAGACAAGCCCUGAUCCAGGAGCUCAUUAAGUCCAACAACCAACUCAAAGAGGAAGUCCAGGAGCACAUGAGUCAAGCGGCCCACCAGUCUCAGAGGGCCUCUGAACUCGAGGGGCUGCUGGAUCAAGUGAAGACCAGAGUCCAGGACCUGGAGGACCGCUAUCUCGGCAAGGCGGUCCAGCAGCACAGCCAGACACAACAGAUGCAGCAGGAGAAACAGGACGCACAGAGAAGGAGUCAGGCGUUAGAGCAGAAGCUGUCCAAGCAGAGGGAGGAAGCGGCUCACCUUCAGAGGAAACUCUACUUCACCAUCAAAGAAGAAGAGCGACGGUUGGCUCGACACAGUCAGACAUACCAGCACAUCUGUAAGAAAGUCAGCCAGCAGAACUCUGCAGCAGACCAGCAGGUGCUGGAUGUGAUCGACUUCUAUGAGACUAAAAUGACUCAGCUUCUAGAUGAGCUCAGAUCUGUCAAAGGAGAAUCAGAUCAAACUAGAAGUAAAACAUCCAGCAAUGUUACUCCAGCUUUCAAAACCAUUCUAAAGGCCUAUCAGGAACAUCAGAAGGAAAGCAAAGCUCAAAUAGAAGAGCUAAAGCAGGAGCUGGACACAAGGCCGACAUUUAAAGAAGUGAAGCUCUACAAACUUAAACUCCGUCGUUUGGAGGGAUUAAACAAACACAAUAAUGCAAGAUUGCUAAAAGAUGACAACAAGGUGGAAGACGGAAACAUCAGUGACCAAGCCAAAGAGGCCAUAAUGUGUUCACACUAUCAUCAUCUGUUGAAUGAGAUCAACUCCAUUCUGACCAAUCCCAACGCUCCACUACGACUUCACAAGCAGAAACCCUCCUCUGUUACUCUGGACUCAGCUGAGUUCCAGACUCUCCUCCCUACACUGGAAUCCUGGUCCCAGCAGCUCCACCUGCUGAAGGACCUGCAGCACAUUUUAAACAAACUGAGUGUCAGACUGAUGCCGUGGCAACAGUGGGAUGGUGGACGUGACUCUGUAGAAGCUGUGAAGGUGGAGGACAUGAUGUUACUAGUGGACACCAUGCUGGAAAACACCUCCACUGAUGAUGAGAAGGUGCUCAGAAGCCCCACCCGCUUCACCCUGAGCUCCAUGGUGUCCCACUUCCAGAAGCUGUUUGACGUGACCUCCCUCAGCGGGGUCUACCCACGUAUGAACGAGGUCUACACCAGGCUGGGAGUGAUGACCAACACCAUGAGGAACCUCAGAGACGUUCUAGAUCUCGACAGCAGGGCUCCUCCUGGUGAAGUGGUGAACACCGUGGCCAGACUGGUGUCCUCCUCUGAAGACUCAACUGGGAUCCAGAAUCUGCUGGGAGAUGCAGACAUUGACAGUAUCAUCAUCAAAGUGAAACAGCAUGAGGAGUUCUUUCCCGCCUUUUACUCUCUCAUUCAGGACAUUUUACACACUUUAGGAGUCACUCGUCUGGAUGACAUCCUUCCAGCUCUGAAGUCUUUGAAACAAACAGCGCAGUGA